CUGCACCCCUUGCAAUUUCCCGGCGUCCUUUCCUUUGCGGCUUUGGCGUGAGGGGUUUAGUGCUCCAGUGCCUAAUUUUUUUGGUAAUUUACCUUGAAUACAACGAAAGGGCAGCCCCGGAUCGCUCUGUUGUAUUAAACGAAUUAAAGGUCAAGCAAGAUGCCUGAAGAUGCAGCAGCUGAUGGCAAUGAUGUUGUGGUAGAGAAGAAGAAGAGGGGAAGGCCACCCAAGGAUAAGGCUGCCAAACCUGCUGAGAAACGCAAGCCGGCUGAGUCUGAGGAGGAUGCUGGUGGGGAGAGUGGAGGCGAGGAGCCAGCACCGCCCAAGAAGAGGGGCCGUGGAAGGCCUCCCAAGGCUGGAGGAGCUGCCAAGAAGGCUAAGGUCCCGGGUCGCGGUCGCGGCCGCCCGCCGAAGAAGGCCAAGGCCCCGAAGAAGGCCGAGUCGGGUGAUGACGAGUCCGAGUGAUGAGACGAGUGAACCCAGGAGUGGGGCUGACGAGUCCGGGCGGCCCGGCCGCGCGCGGGGCCAGUGAGCCGGCCGCUCCAAUGUCGCUGCGCUCUCCCGCCACCGGACCGAGCGGGCCGCAAUUUCACUGACCGGGCGGACUGAGUUUCAAAUGCUGUGUCGGCGACUUCCGAUGGACAUGAGGUGUCGCGUCGCGUGCCGGCGCUCGCGUUCUGCCCUCGAUCACCGAGCGUCUUACUCGGUGAGCUUGUCUCUCAUCCUGUGUACCACGAGCUUCGUUUGCGGGAGAGCGCCUGAAUGUGUCUGUCGGUGUUCGUAGCUGUGUUGUGGACGUGUAAUUUACUGUUCACCAAAGGAGUUGCUUUUACCUGUGCUCAUCUAUCGCUUAUGGAAACUUUUUUUAUUGUUUUGCGCUCGUUCGGCAGAAUCCAAGUUCAGCUGCGGGUGAUUGCGCAGAGACUGGCGUAGAUAGUAGGCAGAUGUUUGUAGGGCGUGUUUCAUAUUUCAUAUGUGCUUCGACAUAAGCGGCCCCACGACGAGACAUUACAACAAGCAUCGGUCCCAUCCUGAGGGCCCACAUUCGAUGUUCAAUAAACGCUCAUCCCUUCA